UUUUCUUUGCCAUAAUCUGAUCCCCUCUCUCCCAACAGAUCGAGAGGGAGAGAGAGAUUGUUUCUUCUUCGUCUUCCUCCUCCUCUCUCGAUCUCUGUUUUCGAUCCUCCUUCGUAUUCUUCGUUCUCUGAAAUGCUUAAUUGGUUGGUUGAACAAAAAUGGUGGCUGUCGGUGAAUGGAAGGUUCCUAACAUAGGAAUGCUACUGAUUAAUGUUUGGAUACUGGCUCAAGUGACCCUUUGAUGACCACUGUCAGUGUAGGAUUUGUUUUAAGUUUUUCUUGAUCCCCAUAUAAUGUGGAGUUUUGCUUCGAAUGCUAUUGGGAGUAUUAAGCUAAAGAAGUCUCCUAAAGAUACGGGUCAGGCCUCAUGUGAAUGCUCAGAUGACGAGGUUUCGGCUGUUAGUAGGGAUGAAGAAGGAUUGGAAUGUCCGAUUUGUUGGGAAUCAUUCAAUAUCGUUGAGAACGUUCCCUAUGUAUUAUGGUGCGGUCAUACUCUUUGCCAGAAUUGUGUCUUGGGGCUCCAAUCUGCUGUCUUGAGACUCCCGGCCCAAGAUAUCAAGGUCCCAUUCGUCAUUGCAUGCCCAUGGUGCCACUUAUAUUCAUUCAGGCUCAUCUAUAAGGGAAAUCUAAAGUUUCCUCGAAAGAACUUCUUUCUCCUCUGGAUGGUCGAAAGUCUGAACGGCGACAGGACGAACUCUGGUUCGUCUGGUAGUCAAGACAAGCAAUCUGUUUGGUCUCCCAGAUGUGAUCAGAACACCGAUUUGAUCACAAGGAGUGUCCUGUAUAAUGAAUCUCCUGAAAAUUUUGCUGUCCAAGAUCAUAUUGGCAGGCCGAGGGCACUGAAUUUCUCUCUUGAUAAGUCUCUUGACUUGUUCAUCCAUUUCACCUCCAAGUUCCCGUACGUGAUAAUAUUUCUUCUGAUCGUCUUCUUUGUUAUACCUGGAAGCGUCAUCGUCUUGGCCCUCUACGCUCUCCUCACGAUCGUUUUCGCAAUCCCAUCCUGCCUGGUCCUAUAUUUCUCGUUCCCUGUUCUGGAAAGGUUGGUGAGUCAAAUAACGUCAUGAAUGUCGAAGCUGCUGAACUCAGGAUUCAUCUUUUUCGGUUCUUGUUUUUCUCCUUCAGUCAAGAUAUAUAUUCAGGUAAAUGGAAACACUUUUAUUGCAUGCUUGAACAUUGUAUUUGUGAUCUUACUGUACAAGUUUCGGAUGAUUUCGUUUAGAAACGAUAAUGUCUGUGUUGGAAAUUGACAAUUCCUCUUAUGAUAAAUGUAACAGUUUUACA